AGUUUUUGUAGGCAUAGGGAUUAUGAAGAUUAGGAAUAUAUCUUGUGGGUACUGGUAACAACAACACGGCAACACCACGAUCGUGGUUGUUUAUGAUUAAUUUUUGUUACUUGAGCAUAGACUGCAUAGUCUCGUUUGAAAGAAAGUAUCGAUCUCAUUUACUGCCAUGAAUCGUCAUUCCGCAUCACCGUUCUUGUCUAUACCUUCUUACGGACCAAGUUCGGGUUUUUCACCAUAUGAUCCGAAUGGUUGUAAUCAGAUGGGCAUAAGACAUUUAUUUCCUCUACCUCAAAUCAAUUAUUCAUGUUAUGUAACACCAGCUGUACCAAGACUGCAAUUUUUGAAAGGGCAUUCGUCACAGGUUGCUGUUCAGCAAUAUUUGGAUGAAAACUGUGAUGAUAAGCAGCAUAAGCAGAGUGUUUUAUCAAAAAAUCUGUGUAGUUAUCCCAAUUGCUCUUUCACUGCUUCAAAGAAAAUGAUGAAAUUACAUGAGAUAAAGUGUCACAGAGAAGGAAGAAUGAAAAUAACUUUAGACUCGCCAGAGGAAAUUGCAAAAUGGCGGGAAGAAAGAAAAAGAAAUUACCCGACGUCUUCAAAUUUGAUUAAAAAAGAGGCUGAGAAACGACAAAAAUUGGAAAGAGGUCAAACAGUUCCAAUCAAAGAAUUCAGAUACAAAGGUAAGCAAAAAUGGAAGUUUCAAAGAGGUUGUUUUGGUAGAAACAAAAAUUUGGUAGUACAAAAUGAAACACUUCAGCCGUCAGAUACAUGUCUCGAUCGCAUUUCAAGCAAUGAAAAAUUUCCCGCCGAAGGCAAAGCUGUAAAUGCAGAAACUAAGAACACAUUAUUGAACCUUGCUACGGACUAUGCAAGCUCGAGUGACGGUGAAAAUGAUACUAUAACAGAAUUAAGAAAAGAACAUGAGAAAUCUACAGAAACAGCAACAAGAAGUGUGACUGUCUCAGGAUGUUCUGGAUCCCCGUCUUGUGUGCAACAGGGUAACAAGAUGGGAAAAUUGCAAGCAAAUGGUCAGAGAAAGAAAGAGAAAAAUCAAGGAAAAUCAGAACAUAAGCAGAACCCAACCAACAGGAAAUACUCAAGACCAUCACUGUUAGAAAUGUUGCUAGCUCAGGAUAUAAAACGCGAAAGAAACAUGAUAUUGCAGUGCAUCCGUUACAUAGUGAGAAAACAAUUUUUUACAGCAGAAUGAUCAGUCAGCAGUUGAAAAAUGACAAAUAUUGUGGCUGUUUAUUAUACUGUACAUUACAUGUGCUAGAAAGCAGUUGUAAAUUAAGAUGUAUGAAAUGCUUAUCUGUCAUCACAUAAAUAUAUGAUAAAUUCAAGACGGGAAUAUUUCUUAGUAGAUCUAACAUAAUAUGUAUACAAUGGAACCUCUUGUAUAUUUUUGGUUGGAUUAAAAAUUAAAUGUUGAUAAAGUUAAA